UAACGUUAGGCUGGCGACGCGUCCAUGUCGCAGGGCAAUUUUAUGGUGUCCGCAACAGGCACUGCGUGAUGCUUCAUGCCUGCACAAGAUGCCGCAUUGCAGCUGCCGGCGGGCACGGCCAAGAAGCUGCUCUUAUCACCUGGCCGAGCGCUGCUACAGUCUGGCCUCGAGAUCGGAGCAGAAUAACGAAAGUCGUUUUGCCCGCUCCUCGGCUCCGUUGAACGGCGGUCUGGGCACUUAUAGCAACAGCUAUCAAUCUGCCGGAACAUCGUAGCCUGGGAAAGAUGUCAAUCGUUGCUCUGGCUACCGGAGAGCCAACAUGCACGCUCGACGACUUGAAAAGGGUUUGCGAGGCGAGCAACUUCUCGAUUGAGUCCGGCAGCCUUAACGAGCAAGCCUUCCUGCAGUUCGCAAACAGCUUCGACUCAGUCUGCCACGUCAUCAACAACUUACCCGAGUACCACGAUCCUCGUUUGCAGCCUGUAGCAGUUGAAGGAGGCGAAAGGAAGUUCCGCAAGCCAGGUCAUGAUGAAAAUCCCUUGAACGGCUGGGCGCACAAAACCAGCCUUGUGGCAGCAGAUUCAAAAGCCCGCGAUGGUCCACUCGCUGGACGUACAGUUGCUUUCAAAGACAAUGUUUCGGUUGGAGGUCUGCCCCUGGGGCUUGGAUGCUCACCCAAGCACUUCAAGGAUGGAAAGCAUCCCAUCAGUGCCAUCGAUGCUUCUGUCGUUAAGCGUGUGCUCGAAGCAGGAGGCAUUGUGAAAGGAACGGCGAACUGCGAGAACUUUUCUAUGUUUCCAGUGUCCUACACUUCAUACUCUGGAGCAGUUCAUAAUGCAUGGCUGCCAGGAUACGCAACUGGUGGAAGCAGCAGUGGAUGCGGCGCUCUCGUCAGUCUAGGUGAUGUUGAGAACGAAAGGAAGUUGGGAAAUGACGACAGAACAUAUCCGCUAGGUGAAGGAGUUGAUCUGGCCAUUGGGGGUGAUCAGGGUGGAUCGAUCAGACUGCCGGCGGCUUACAGCGGAAUUUAUGGCCUGAAGCCCACCCACGGUCUCAUCCCUUACACCGGCAUUGCUUCCUUGAAUCCUCUGAUUGACCACACUGGACCAAUGGCAAGAACAGUUGAAGACAUAGCAUUGCUUCUCGGAACACUAGCCGGCUAUGAUGGAAUCGAUCCACGCAUGACGCCAGAAUCUCCUUUGCGAGAGAAGGUACCAGAUUACCUCGGAGCUUUGAAAUCUUGGAUCACGUCCAAGCAAGAGCAAAACGAAUGGAUAAGCAGUUCUGCUGCUAAAGGACUCAGGAUUGGCAUCCUGAAGGAGUCAUUCGAUGUUCUGGGGCUUGAAUCCUCAAUAGCCAGCACGGUGAAAGCUGCUGCAGAGCGCUAUAUAAGCCUGGGAGCAGACGUCAAGGAAAUUUCGAUACCAGAGCAUCAUUUUGGUGCCGCCGUAUGGACCGUCGCUGGUCGAGCGUUCAUGCCCCACAAGGUCGACAACCGAGUUUCAGAUCUGCUUGAGUACCCUCUCCCGGGAUUAGAUCCACUUCCUGUUGAUCAACGCUUCUACGAUGAGCUUGCGCAUCGCAACCCGGCCAUUCUCAAUGUUAUUCUCAACGCUGUCCACAUGGAGCAGAGAUAUGGGCCUGCUCUUGUGAGAAAGGCAUAUAUGCAUAUCCAUGAGCUACGAGCUGCGUACGACAAGGCUUUUGAGGAGGUAGACGUGCUCCUGACUCCCGUGAAUCCGACUGUUGGUCCUCCCCAUCCCGAGUCUGUGAAGAAGACCGAACAGAAUCCGAAUGGCUGGACUGAGAAGAUUAUGGACCUUUUCGAGCCUGCUAUUGGCAACACGAUGAAUACAUGCUCCUUCAAUGUCACCGGACAUCCGGGCAUGUCUAUGCCUGUGGGCUGGGGCAAGGUCAAAGGUUCAGAAGGAAGGCUGCCAGUGGGAAUGCAGUUGGUUGCGAAGAGGUUUGAUGAGCUAAGCAUUUUGAAGGCUGCGAAAGCUUGGGAAAUGGGAGGCAGAUGGCAAGAUUCAUAG